AUGCCUGUGGCCGAGUCCGUGUCGGUCACCCUGGCGGCACUCCCGCGCGGAGUCCACAUCAUCACCAGCGUCAUCGAGGAUGCUCUGCCGAGUCUGCCUGAGGUCGAGGUUGGUACCGUCUCGAUCUUUCUCCCGCACACGUCUGCAUCGCUGCUGUUGAAUGAGGCUUGUGAUCCUUCUGUCCGCGUUGAUCUGGAGAUGGUGCUCAACGAGCUCGUGCCCGAGUCCGAGGCGUACACCCACGACGACGAGGGGCCGGACGACAUGCCUGCUCAUGCCAAGUCUAUGCUCCUCGGCGCAUCGGUCACUCUGCCCGUUCGCUCUAGUCGGCUGCUCCUCGCAUCGUGA